UCGCUCUAGUACUCGCGAUUGUUGCCUCUGCCUCGUCUCGCCAACCUAGAAGUUCGUAGACUCCGGGGUGGGGCGGGAGGCGGCAGUUUCGAGCGGGUCUGGGCGGAGCUGAGACAGCGGAGGCGGAAGAGGUGGCCCGUGAGGCGGGGAAGGGGCUGGCCCCGGAAGGAGGAGGAAACCCUGGAAAGAAAACAGGAGCUAGUUAAGCUGCUGUGACAGGGAAAGAAAAUGGCGACGCCGAAGGGGAGCCUCCGGGUCGGGGCCCAAUUGGGGCUCCCUCCGCUGCUGCUGCUGACCAUGGCCCUGGCCGGAGGCUCGGGAACCGUUUCCGCUGAAGCGUUUGAUUCGGUCUUGGGUGAUACGGCUUCUUGCCAUCGGGCCUGUCAGCUGACCUACCCCUUGCACACCUACCCCAAGGAAGAGGAGUUGUACGCAUGUCAGAGAGGUUGCAGGCUGUUUUCAAUUUGUCAGUUUGUGGAUGAUGGAAUUGAUUUAAAUCGGACCAAAUUGGAAUGUGAAUCUGCAUGUACAGAAGCAUAUUCCCAAUCUGAUGAGCAAUAUGCUUGCCAUCUUGGUUGCCAGAAUCAGCUGCCAUUUGCUGAACUGAGACAAGAACAACUUAUGUCCCUGAUGCCCAGAAUGCAUCUACUCUUCCCUCUAACUCUGGUAAGGUCAUUCUGGAGUGACAUGAUGGACUCGGCACAGAGCUUCAUAACAUCUUCAUGGACUUUUUAUCUUCAAGCUGAUGAUGGAAAAAUAGUUAUAUUCCAGUCUAAGCCAGAAAUCCAGUAUGCACCACAGUUGGAACAGGAGCCUACAAAUUUGAAAGAAUCAUCGCUAAGCAAAAUGUCCUAUUUUCAAAUGAGAAGUUCACAAGCACACAGGAACUAUCUUGAAGAUGGAGACAGUGAUGGCUUUUUAAGAUGCCUCUCCCUUAACUCUGGAUGGAUUUUAACUACAACUCUUGUCCUCUCGGUGAUGGUAUUGCUCUGGAUUUGUUGUGCAACUGUUGCUACAGCAGUGGAGCAGUAUGUUCCCUCUGAGAAGCUGAGUAUCUAUGGUGACUUGGAAUUUGUGAACGAACAAAAGCUAAACAGAUACCCAGCUUCUUCUCUUGUGGUUGUUAGAUCUAAAGCUGAAGAUCACGAAGAAGCAGGGCCUCUACCUACAAAAGUGAAUCUUGCCCAUUCAGAAAUUUAAGGGUUUUUUUGUUUGUUUGUUUGUUUUUUUUAAGAAAAAUGUAAUAGACAUCUAAAUUUCCAUUCCUCAUAGAGCUUUUAAAAAUGGUUUCAUUGGAUAUAGGGCUUAACAAUCACUAUCAAAGGCAAAUAAAGUUACCCAAAUCUGUAAAGACUGUAUUUGCUGUAACUUUCCCUGUAACUUUUUCCUAGUAAUUUAAGAGGUGAAUAUUUGGAGUUGUAUUUUUAUUUUAAUAUCUGUAGCUACUUUAAUUAUUAUUUGCAUUGUUUUUGUUUAUUUUCUUUCUUAGCCAAAUUCUAUGAGCUGAUCAUUGUUCUUCCCCACCUCUCGCCACGAUGCCAUCAAUCACCUUAGGUAAUAAGCUGAAUGCUCAGUAGACUAUGAUGCUUCUGCUCAGAAAUAGCCCACAGCCUGUAACUUGAAAUUUAGCAGGAAAUGCCCUUUGAUGACACUACAUUUUCAGUUGGAUUGAACUGAAGUUAUUAAAAUUUUAUUUGAAUAAUUA